AUGGGAAGAAGUGAUGAGAGGAGAAGAGAGGCGAAGGUCACCCCCAUAGUGAGAGCCAACAACCGGAGCCUGAGCUUCCUCCUCCUUGUCUCCAUCAAGCUGAGCUUCCUCAGUGUGUUUCUGUUCCUCGGUCGCCCUGUGGAUAUAACCUGCAUGCUGCGCAUCAUCACUUUUGGAAUCACCUUCUCCAUAGCUGUCUCUUCUCUCCUGGCCAAGACUAUCAUGGUUUGUGUUGCUUUCAAAGCCACCAAGCCAGGGAGCUCAUGGAGAAAAUGGCUGGGAGUCAAACUGUCCAAUUCUGUAGUCUUGUUCUGCUCAUCCAUUCAAAUAAUCAUCUGCAUGACUUGGUUGGCCAUUUCUCCUCCCUUUCAGGAACUGGACAUUCACACUUCCCCUGGAACCAUCAUCAUUCAGUGCAAUGAGGGCUCAGCUAUUGGCUUUUACUCAGUUAUUGGGUAUAUGGGGCUUCUGGCAGCUGUUAGUUUUGUUUUAGCAUUUUUAGCUCGGAGCUUACCGGACAGUUUUAAUGAGGCCAAGUACAUC